UUGGUGCUACUGUCAAAAGUCAACUGUCAAAUGUGGUCAAAAAACUGUUUAUUUUGGUCCGGUCCUUUUUUGUAAACUUUGGGGCCUAAUUGUGUUGAAAAAACAUUUUUUACAAGAAUUUUAGUGUGUUCUAAUGGGUCGAAGAAAAUCUAAACGAAAACCGGCACCGAAACGAAAAGCUGUGGAACCUCUAGACCAGCAAUUCAACUGCCCUUUUUGCAACCACGAAAAGUCGUGUGAUGUUAAAAUGGAUAAGGGUCGAAAUACGGCAAGAAUAACGUGCCGAGUGUGUCUUGAAGACUUUCAAACAACUAUCAAUUUUUUAUCAGAACCUGUGGAUGUAUAUAACGAUUGGAUAGAUGCAUGUGAAUCUGCUAAUUAAGGUUUUUAUUUAAAUGUUUUAUUAUGUAGAAAGUAGCACCUUUUUAUUCAUAUAUGAGUUUGAAAAAUGUAUUGAAUGAUUUUAAAAAGUAAACAAGUCAUAUUUAAAA